AUGACAACAAAUAGGAGCAGAGACGAAACGACGCCGCUUUCAUUGCCGGUAGGCUUCAAGUUCCAUCCCACGGAAGAAGAGCUAGUGAAUUACUAUUUGAAGAAGAAGAUUCACGGCGGAAAUGUGUCAGAGAUCAACCAAAUCAUCCCUUUCAUCGAACUCUGUGAACACAAGCCGGCUGAGCUUCCCGGUUUGUUGGGGACCAGUGCGACAGAGGAUCAUGACAUGGAGUGGUUCUUCUUCACAAGAAAUGCUUACAAGUACAACAAAAGCUGUCGAUCGAAUCGGAGCACGAAGAAGGGGUUCUGGAAGAUCACAGGCAAGGAGCGUGGGAUUAAGGCUCGGCAUUCCAAAGCUGUGAUUGGGAAGAAGAGGACUCUGACUUUUUACCAGGGUCGUGGGGAAGCCAAGAAGAAGAAGACCGACUGGGUCAUUCAUGAGUACUAUCUUCCUCGAAAUGAAGUUGUUUCCUGUUCGAAGCAGACAAAGGGAGACUUUGUUAUCUGUCGAUUGAAGAACAAAGCAGAUAAGAAGGAUUCUUCAGUUAGUAAUGAAGGGGAACCGGGUAGAGGCGAUGAUGGAAUGAAUCAAGAGGGAAAUGGUGAGUUGCUAAUUCAUCAACCUCAGCCUCUGGAUGACUGCUGCUCGUCAGCACUGUCGUCACCGGCAUCCCAAGAGCUGGAAGCUGUUCUGCAAACCAAUGGAACCAGUGGUGAUUGUCAUGAGUUGCAAUCACAGUUGGGUGAUAGUGAGUCUUGUCUUCUAGACAGGAAUGAAGUUUCAACCUGUGAUGAGGAUGAGACUGUGUCUGAUGUGUAUCCACAGCUUCGUGAUCCACCAGAAGAAAAUCUGGAUUCACUCUUGUGUGCACUUCAGCCACAAGAUUACCACCCUCCCAUACUGCAGUCACCAAUAUACACAAAGCCGGGAAAUGUUGCACAUCCACUUCAGCCACAGAAUGACCAGCCCUCGGUAAUAUUACAGUCACCAAUAUACACAAAGCCACACCACCCUCCCAUACUGCAGUCACCAAUAUACACAAAGCCGGGAAAUAUUACACAUCCACUUCAGCCACAGAAUUACCAGCCCUCGGUAAUAUUGCAGUCACCAAUAUACACAAAGCAGGGAAAUGUUUCAGAUGCCAGUCUCUACUAUGGUGAAUGCAAUAAUUGGCAAUCUGAAUCUACGAAAACAAUUUCAACCGAUAAAGUUGACAUACCAGUUAGACAUGUCAUGUCUAAUUUUGAGAAUCAAGCUCCAGAUUAUAGGAGUCCAGAGGUGCCUCAUCCUCAAACCGAAGUCAAUCUGGGAUCAGCGGUCCAUCCAUUCCAGCCGCAAGAUUCCACAGUACAGCCACUAAUGUACAUAAAAUUUGGAGAUGCUCUACAUAAUAUCGACUGCAAUGAGUUGCAAUCUUCGUUUGGUGAUAAUAACUUUUCUUUCACAAAGUUCUUGAAUAUAAAUUCUGCUUACCAGGAUUAUUACUCGUCUGACCAAACAGCACAGACUCCUUUCAAAGACUCCUGCCAAAAUCACUGGGAAGGGUCUACCAUGGGAUAG